AUGCCCGUCAAAGAUUACGGAGUCUGGAAGGCAUUUCCGGUCCAUUACGAGUUUGAAGAUCACUACGAGGAUCCCAAGUCUCCUCACCUCUCGUUGUACUACCAUGAUAACGAAGCAGCCACUCCAGAAUUCGACCGUGCCUAUCGACGCAAGCACAAGGGCAAACCCCGCGACAAGAAAAGGUCAUGGGAGAUUCCUGGACUCUUCCGCGCAGCCAUCAACAUCAAAUCCAUGGAUAAGGAAUCCAGACUCGCCUACUUUGUGAAUCACAACCUCGCCGAGCACCCUAUUGCCGGAAAACUGGCCAACCUGGAUUUCGGCUUUCAUCCGAUAAAACAGGUGGACGAGCUAGACGGUCAAGGUCUGGACUAUAUUCGGGGAGUUCUUUUCAACUCAAAAGAUGGUCGUGUGCUUCCCCACGACAUUCCCGGGGAUAAUAAUGAUAUCAUCGAUGUCCUGGAGCCGGAGGUCCGCAAGGCCAUUGAGCACCGAGCUACGAUCUAUCUAUUCGGCUCUAUGUUCAGCUCACGAGAUGGCAUUCACAAUGUUCAUAUGAACCAGGGAAACAUCCCGAAUUUCAGGAAGGAUGAUGGGGUGUUCCAGGAUGGGGGUCUUCUCAUCCAGUACGGCGAUCACUGGACAGGCGUCUUUCUUGCAUUCGCCUCGCAAGCUGUCCACACCGAUGAUGAAGGCCACGCAUUGAAAGAUCCAUUGGUGACAUGGGCGCAUGUGUUGGCCCCAGAAGUCGUCGAGAAUUCGGUAGCGAUCACGGAGGCACUGGUCAAUCCGCGGGGUGCAGACGAUCGAGCCGCCCGGACCAAGGAAUCCAUCACGCUGGGGAAUCUCACCAACCACAAAGUAUCCUUGGAAUCAUGGAGCUUCCUCAACUCGUCUGGCCAGACCCAAAACCUGCCGCGAAACGCAGCCUUGGCUCCUCGGGCCAUGCGGAAGUUCGAGGUACCCAACUGUCCUCUUUCCAACAGCGGUGACACUAUCACCCUGCUUAAUGAAAAAGGCCUGAGGGUCGACGGUGUGAGCUAUGGGCGGCGACAAGGGCAGCAAGAGGGCCGUUCCAUUGUAUUUGCCCAUUGA